AUGUGGCGGCAGCAGCUGCGCCUCCUCCUGGCCAACGUCCCCGGGCGGGGCCGACCCAGUCUGCCUUCCAUCGGCUUGCCUCUCGCUCCAUGCUCCGCCGCAUCUUUCUCCACUUGCUCCUCCCCGUGGCGGAGGCUCCUCCCGGGGACACAGCUCUCUGUUGCGCUUCUCCCCAGGUGGAUGUCGUCGACGGCCCUGCUGAGGCUGAACGACUUGCAGGACAGCCCGGGGCGAAAGCAUAAAAAGAAGCGCAAAGGGCGGGGUAUCGGAUCUGGGAAGGGAAAGACCGCUGGACGGGGCCACAAAGGGCAGAAGGCCCGGGGGACCAUGAAGUUCGGCUUCGAGGGCGGGCAGACGCCGCUGCGGAGGCGCCUGCCGAAGCGCGGGUUUAAGAAUCCCUUCAGUCUUACCUUCCAGGUGAUCUAUCCGAGCUCUUCUGUUCAGUAUGCUCACUACUGGAACAAAUGCUUUAGCAUUCAUUCGUUCGAUCCCAGGGAUACUUUUUAUGGUUUCCAUAUCGAUUGAAGAUCGGUGUUUUCUGGAUUGAUCCAAAUGGAAGCGUUCCUACAAACUUUAAACAGAGUGACGAGGACGUUCUAAAGUUACUGCGGAGAGUCCCUUGGAGGCUUGGCGAUAUCAGAUUCUCAGCUGACAUGACGCAUUAACAAAGAUGAGUUGUUGGAGGAUGGAUGUUGUGUUUCGUCUCCGCAAUGCAGAAUGGAGCUCAGUGUCAUCUGGUAUAGAAAAAGUGACGUUGAAGAGGAAAAAUGCCUGAAUAAAGAAAAACUCUCUUUGGCUUGCCGAAUGUAGUUAGGUAAAUGAUUUUCUUUUUUUCCUGUGGGAAUUAGAAGGCUCUUUUAAUGGAUGAAUUCGGAUUCCAUGCUGAACAGUAAUUACUUUUCAUGUUAGGUGUGGGGUUGGGGUGUUCGUAUCAUUUAUCUGAGGGAGGAUUUUGCAGCCAGGGUUGUGGUCCUUUUGUUGGAGCUGGAGUGCCAUGAGAAUUUCUGAUGAUAAUGCCAUCAAAUCGGUUUAUGGAUUUGCUUGAGCAGAGUUAUUCUACAUCUGUUAUACAUGUAAAGGAUUUAGUGGAAGUCCCAUCAUUUGUGCUUUAUCAGUGGUUUAUUGGUGGACCCAUACUGUUGAGGAGGUUUCCUGGCAUAAGAUGAUUAUGGCUGAUCUGUUGACUUUUUUACCCUUUUGGUUUAUGUUGAGAUAUUUUUAUUAUCAAUGCCUUUGUCAAUUAUUUCUGACGUAUUUAUUUCAUCUAAUUUAAUUUUUCACCUCUCUUCAUGAUUUUUAUCUUCAAUUCUAUGCGUGCUAGCUAUUGAUUAUUAGCUUUGUUUUGACACAUUUCAUGACCUCAUAUUUCUCCUCUGUCAUGAAUUACCUACGCAUGUACCUUUUUAGUUUUAUUGAUAAACUUCAUUAUUUCCUCUCGACCUAGGUCGUUCAUGAUGCUUCCAAUUGAAAUAAUUUACUAGAUCGUCUGCUCUCAUGAACUUACUGUUCCAUUUACUUUGCCCACGGCUUAUUGCGGGGUUUCUGGUUUGUUUUCCUGGCCUUAUUUAUGGAUAUUGUAAUAAUGCCAUUGGAUAUUAUCAUAUCUCAAAUAAGAUUUUAACUUUUGGUGCAGUUUUUGAUGGAUCAGAAAAAUGAUGUGCUUAUUUUUUAAUCGUUACUACAUGAUCUCUUCCAGUGAUGGAUACAGCAAUGUGCCAUGGACUGAAAAAUCGUACAGUUACCUGUCACCCUUAUGUUGGCUUAGGCCUGUUUUUACGUGGAUAUAUCUUAGCCUAUCUAUGUUACUUUGAUCAUCACUGAUAGUUACCUGAUAAGUCCUUGCGAACUUGUAACCAGUAUUUCAUAAACAAAUCAUGUUACUGACAAUAUUUCGAUAUAAAAUUCCAUUUGAAACUUUUUUUCAGGAUACUUGUUUCUGACGUAUUAUUCAUCAUAUUUAUCAAUGAGAAGUACCUUAAACCUCAUAAUUUUCUAGAAACUUGGCAUCUUCGAUAGGGCAUCAUUCUUGCUUCUUGCCCAUUGAUCAACAUCACCAGAAGUUCAUUUUUUGGAUGACACAUAGGUUAGGCUGACAGUAAGGUAGCGAAUUUUUUUCUCCAAAUUCCAUACAGGUUCAAAUUGAUGGGGUGUGGAUUGAUAAUGUUGAUGAUUGCAAUGAGUUUACAUUCAUGGCAUAAAACGUACGUCCAAAGUCAGUACAUGUGUGGAGACUGUGCUCUGCAUUUUUUAAUGACCUGAUCUUACAUCAUAUUCUGCCCUAUGGAAACAUUUCAAUGUAAACUUUUGUGAUGGAGAACUUUUACGUAGCCCUUUUGAGCAAAGCGUUUCUUUCACUAUCAAUUGGAAAAAAAAAUGUAAUUAAAACUAAAAUUUUUAUGUUCUUUGUAAAAACAUUUCAUUGAAACAAAAAAUACUGGAAAUUUUCAUGCAACAAAAUUAGAUUAGAUUCAAAUGUGUGAUAUGCCAUGGAACGACAUCUAUUAUUACAAGAAAUGCCACCUCCUUCCCCUAUAGCUAAGUAAGCAUGCAGUACUCUUUCAAAGGGUGAUGCAGGCUGCCGCCCAACCUAUGGUGGCAAGCGUGAUACAAAAUGCAUGCUGCUACGUGAGCACCUUUAUAGAAACGUAUGUAUAGGAACUUUAGGUUAUUGCAUCCAUAAGUUCACCAUUUUCUUUCAUACUACAUGUUAUUUCUGGUGAUGUUGCUGUAGCUUUUUUUUUUAACUGAGUUAUUAGGGUUUUCAAAGGCGGUAACUCAUAUCCUAAGACUAUGACGUAGUGCCUCCUUGUUUCAUGAGAUGUGUCUAUUCGGGAGUAACUGACCUCGUGAUAGUUUUUGUUCUACCUUCCUGUAUUCAAAUGCUAGAACAACUGGUUUAUGCAGCUUUCUCUAGAAAGAGAAAGUUGGGAUGUCCACUUCGAAAUUUUCUAAAGUGACUGUUCUUCUGAGGCAUCCUGUCAUUUGCAGAAACUCAAUGAAGGAGUAUCAAUCAACUAAAGGCAGUUGUUUUGAUGAAAUGCCACACCAGUGUUAAUAAUGGAUAAAUGCAAGUUCCAAUAAUGUUGAUUCUUUGGGAGUUGAUUACUUGGGACAUAAAAACUUGCCUUAGUCGUUGAGAUUAUAGUUUUGCUCAUGAUUUAACCUAUCAGCUGUAAUCGAUGUUUGGAAAAGUUUCUCUUGAAUCAUCAUGCAUAAAAUAAUGAUUGGACUAGUUCAAUCUUUAAACAUUUAGUCCACAUGGUCUGAGGAGAGAAACUCUAUGCUGGAACUUGGUUUAAGAAAUCCACUGGACUAUGUCUCACUGAAGAAAGAACUCACACCCUCUCAGGAUUUACAAUGCAACAAACGGUAUGAGGUCCAAUUAUUUUGACAUUUGCUUUCUGCUAGAAUGAAAUAUCUUCGGCAUAACGUUCUGUGCUGUUGCCUUGUCGUUUAAAAUUAUUCAAUGAUCGCAUCUACUGUUCAAUCAGCCCCUGGUAAUAAUCAGAUUAACUAGCUGUUAUUCGAUUUUUUUUCUGCGUAACUACUUACUGCGACUUCCUAUUUAUUAUUUGAUCGUACAACAUUAAAAAAAUCAUAUUUUUUAUAUUCUAAUUUCCGAUUACUCAUUAACACCACUAAGUCUUUUUAUGCCUCUUUCUUCUCUCUGUGCAGCCUGUAGGAUUGGGUAAAAUAGCAAAACUCAUCAAUGCAGGAAAAAUUGAUUCAGGAGAGCUUAUCACAAUGAAAACACUUAAGGUAAUAUAUUUUCGCACUCCAGCUUGUUUAUGUCUAUGUUCAGAGGUUUAGCAUAAGCAGCAUUUGCGUAACCGCAGGAUACUGGUGCGAUAGGGAAGCAAAUUGAAGAUGGAGUAAGACUGAUGGGUCGCGGAGCUGAGCAUAUCCAAUGGCCGAUUCAUCUCGAGGUAGGUGUGAUUUUGAGAUUAUGUCCUCGAUGCCUUCUUCUUCACUGGGUAAGGGCAUACACAAGGUAAAUGUUUUCAUUACACGCUGUUGAGAUAUGGGCAGUUGCUCUAAUUCUCAAGCAAAGAUGCGUGGUUUAAUAUGGACAUAAAAUGGUUCAUUUUGCUUAUAAGAAAAUAUUUGCCUUCACCAAUGGAAAUAUUAUAUUUCUCAGUAGAAAUUCUCUUAUCUUGAUUUAUAUGAGUCAACUCCGUGGAUAUAUCCUGCCAGCUUCCUUCUGCCUCACGGGCAUCUGAACCAUCUUGAAACGCAGUCCAAAGAGUUUAUGGAACUGGGGCAUAAGCACCUUCUGCUACCUUUUCGCCUCUCAAUGUCUCAGGUUUUCCUGCCAUAGAUCAGCCGAAUGCCUGUGGCAUUCAUGAUUGGUCUCCUUUAAUCAGUCAAGCACCAAUUCGGAUUAUGAGUCAACCAUCUAUGCCAAAUCUCUCGUCAUGCAUCAGUGAUUAUGGGAGCUUGCCCGUCUUAGUUGCUAAUUUCCCAUUUGACAUAAUAUUUGGAUGUCAAUGCAUGAAUCGGUUAUGAAAUCAUGUUGAGGACAGGAAUCCAAUGGAUGCACUAGAACUGAGUGCUAGAUGAGAUAAUAACUACCACGCAUUUAGUUUCCGCUUGGUUGUUUUUAUUACUUGGUGGCAAGAGCUUGUGAGGUUUGUGUGAUAGUGAAUCUACUAACUGCCCCACUUCCUUUUCUGGGGCAUUCAGUAUUCUCUCUCAUGCCCCUCCACCCACCACAGAAUAUCCAUUGCGUUGAACACAGAUCAGUCUCUAGACAACCUCUGUCUCAGCUCACUAACCAGGAGCAGGUCAACUCACUGAUAGCCCCAUUAUUUUCUCUCUCAUAAAGAACUGGCCUCUAGCACCUUUCACAGAGAUUGUCCAUUCUCUCCUUCAGCAUCUGGAUUCAUUUUCUCAAUACAUAUUGUGCAAGUAUAUGCCACCUCUCCAAUACUAAGCCAUGUUUUUUCCACUGUUGGUAACUUUCUGACAGCCUCCGGAUGAACUGAGGCUCAAAAAGCUCCUCCUUUUCUUUCCUAAUCUCUUCAGAUAUUUCAAUUUUCCACAUGAGGGAACUCGGAGUCAUCUCUGCGACUUUUCUCUACCUUCCAGGUGUCAAGGGUGACGGUGAGGGCAAAGGCGGCGGUGGAGGCAGCUGGCGGGUCGGUGAGGAAGGUGUACUACAACAAGCUGGGCCUGAGAGCGCUGUUGAAGCCGGAGUGGUUUGAGAAGAAGGGGCGGCUGCUGCCCAAGGCCGCCCGGCCACCGCCGAAGCAGCAAGACAAGGUGGACAGCAUCGGCCGCCUGCCUGCUCCCACCAAGCCGAUACCUUUCCUGCCAGAAGAAAAAGAUCCUCCUGCGGCCCAGCAAGCAUCCUGA